GAACCACGGUACAAUAUUUACCAGUGUGGAUGCACUUAGAUUUCCUGCCUGUGUCAUGGCUUUGUACGGUGGCCUAUAUGGCGAUCUCCCAGUAGACUCUGAUAAAAAGAAAAAAGCCAGACAUGACAGUCCACUGGCACCAGGCGCUCCCUCGCCUGGGCAACCAGCGAAGUCGCAGUAUUCGUCCAAAGCGGCAGGUUGGAGCACAGCGAAUCAAAUGAUGAAGUCCAUGGUGAUGCGGAAAAAGAUGGAGAAGCAGCAACAACAACAGCAACAACAACAGCAAGCACACUCACAGACACAGCAAGGUGUGGGAGGCCUUGCCGGGCUUGCCUAUGGGGUACAGUCUCGCGGUAACGAUGACGUGCCUGAUGGAGCUACACUGGAUAGCUCUACAACUACUUCUGUUAUGCCUUCUAGUAAUGCGGUUAAUUCUAACGUGCAUGUUCGCUCCAUCGUACCUCUAGAAAAUCAACCGGUGGGUGUGCUCGACUUCCCAAUGACCAUCAUAGAAGAUGAGUACAAUCCAAUGCGUCCCAAUGAUUACGAUAGUUGGUUAACGGAACAAAUGAGAGAGAAAUCACAAGCGAAAGGCGAAGGUUUGAAUAGCAAGGAACGGGACGGGAAGUCCUCACAUAGCGAUAGCAGGGACGGCCGCAGUGGUAGAGAUCGGGAGAGAGACCGAGACAGAGGAAGGGAUCGACACGACAGGGAUAAAGGCAGGGAUAGGGACAGGGAUACAGACCGAGACAGAGAUAGAGAUAGAGAUAGAGACAGCCAUGGUGAUAGACAUAGAGACAGGGAUGAUAGGGGUCGCAGCCGGAAGAACUCCGGUGAUCAUGGUAGUGGUAGCAGCAGCAGUGCACGUGCGUCAGGUGGUGCUACAGUAAGCACGCAGAGCAAGGAAGCCAUAGCAGCGGCGUUGGCGGUGGCCACGGCUAAGGCGCGAGCAGCCGCGUCCGCUAUGCAGCCCAGUGCUCCCACUAUAAAUCUACAAGAAUCGGCUGAGGACGCCAUUGCCAGGCGGAGAGGUAUGAGUGCGGGUAUGAAGAAGCCGCCGCCCCCACCUACACCGGGACGAGGUGGAAGUGCCGCUGGUGGUAACGACGGGUCGUGGGCGGCUAAGAUGAUGGGGCAGAUGGGCUGGCAAGAAGGGAAAGGCAUUGGGAAGUCACAACAAGGCAUGGCAACACCCCUUAUGGUCAAUAAUGGUCAGGGGACGAUGGGCAAACAAAUCGCACCAGCUCCGUCCAAGCCUGCAAAUACGAAAGAUCUCCGCAACCCGAGUACAAUUGUCUUACUGGAGAACAUGGUGGGUCCUGGUGAGGUUGACGACGAUCUACAACCUGAAGUGGAGGAGGAGUGUUCGCAGUACGGCAAAGUAGUCAAAGUUCUCAUAUUCGAGGUACCUGGCGGACAAGUAUCUGAUGAUAGAGCUGUUCGAAUAUUUGCAGAAUUCAAAUCAGUAGCUGCGGCAACGAAAGCAUUAAUCGCACUUGGCGGUCGGUUUUUCGGCGGCCGCACUGUGCGAGCAUCGUUCUAUAACCCGGCCCGGUUUGCAAGCUUUGAUCUAGCGCCCACGAAGUAGUAGAUUAGAUUACUAUGAUAAAAAAAUAGCCGCCGCGUUACCGGACCAUUGGAGCAAGUCCUGAGAAGCACCUCGAUAAGUGGUCACGGUCACGGUGUAGUCCUUCUACCGUCAUGAGCAACGCAAGAUUGAUGUGUAGUUGCACCUGCGCCUCCAUUUAAGCAACGGAUGUGUGCUUUUGAAAUCUACUGCCUACUUAUCCGACUCGUGGUUCGAAGUGCAAUGGGUCACCUGAAGUUUGCUGAAUACUCGUUUCGAUGUGUUGGUUGUUGUGAUAACUUGAUUUAUUAUGUUAUAACUUCAGUGUCAACUUGAGCUUGUGUAAACCCAGCGCCAGACCCAUGAGUAUGCAUAUGUAUGCUAUGAGAAUUGUGUAUGCCCGUUCGUCGCUUGCGCAGUUUGUUCUCGUCGUCUGGUUCACAAGACCUGUUAACAAAUUACCCUGCAUUUGUAAGAAAUGUUAAGGAGCGUUUUGUUAGUCGUGUUUGAUCACAACAAAUGACGUGGCUCUAUGCCAAGCAUACAUUGCCGGAAGACGACCAUCCACAUACCAGUAAAAAUAGAAAGAGUUGGUUCCGAUUGAUCGCCAGCAUCAAUUUCGACUCCUUCACGGGUUGGUCGCAUAUGAAGAGCUCAACGAAGAACACAAGUAAGAGUACAGAGGUCGUGGUGAUAAAGGCCCAGAUAAUGUACGGGAGAUUCAUCAUGCGCCGUGAUGGUUCGGCAUCAACAAGCCAUGUCAGAGCCAGCCACAUUGUCAUCGUCAGUCCUGCCAACUCGGCGAACGCGAUAGUCCAGGCGCGUUUUGUAUACCUAUCCUUACUUAAGUGGCCGCCAAUGCCGCAGCCCAUGAGGUAGAGCGCCGUGUAGCCUAGGAAUAGAAGGUUUCGAAAGGCUGUGACUGCAAAGUUAUGCUACUUUGAUGCUGGGCAAACCGAACAGAAGAAUCGCAUACGGGUAAUGGAAGACAAAGGGGUUGUGUCAGCAGAGAGCCGACGCGAGAAUAAAUGCUUUUUUUUAUGGUCUUGAUUUAACAUGCAUACAGAUUAUUAUUAACUCAAUCACCGCUGGAAGUGACGAACAUUUG